UCCAUCCCAUAAUCAUCAAUCAUCAUGACCAAAUUUGAGGUAGUUUUUGUAUCAACACCAGCUAUUGGAAACAUUGUUCCCAUUGUUGAAUUUGCUAACCUCAUAACCAAACUAAACCCUCAAUUCUCUGCAACCAUUCUCAUCAUCACCAUGCCACAACGACCACUUGUUAACACUUACAUCCAAUCACGUCCUUCAUCCGCGACUAAUAUUCGUUUCCUCCACCUUCCUACAGUUGACCCUCCCACACCAGAUCAGUAUCAAUCAUCUAUAGCUUUCAUUUCUCUUCUUAUACAAAACCACAAAAACAACAUAAAAGAUGCACUCCGAAAUAUCACAUCAACUGAGUCAGAAGGUUCUGACUCGGUUAAACUUGUUGCUUUGUUUGUUGACAUGUUCUCCACCACCAUAAUUGACGUUGCUGCUGAAAUUUCCGUUCCUUGCUACCUCUUCUUUGCGUCACCUGCGAGUUUUCUUGGAUUCAUGCUCCACCUACCCCGAGUAGAAUCGGUUGAAUCGGAAAUGGAGUUUGAAAUCCCGUGUUUCAAAAACCCGCUUCCGAAACUUGUUUUGCCUAACUUCUUGUCCAAGGAAGAUGCUUAUUUUUGGGUUUCAUACCAUGCAAGAAGGUACAAAGAAACAAAGGGUAUUAUCGUAAAUACAUUAAAAGAGCUUGAACCAUACGCUCUUGAAUCACUUCACAAUGAUUUGCAGCUUCCACCUGUUUACCCAAUUGGACCGGUUCUUGAUCUUGUUGGACCGGUCCAAUGGGAUCCAAACCCGGUACAGUAUAAUUACAUCGUGGAGUGGCUUGAUUUGCAGCCUGUUAAAUCUGUGGUUUUUCUAUGUUUCGGAAGUUUGGGAAGUCUUGAAGCAAAACAGGUUGAGCAAAUUGCUAUUGGGCUUGAACAGGCUGGGAUUAGAUUUUUGUGGGCUAUAAGGGAACCUCCUAAGGCCCAAUUGGAGGACCCAAGAGAUUUUAUGAGUUAUGAGAAUGUUCUACCGGAUGGAUUUUUGAGACGAACCAUGGGGAUGGGUAUUGUGUGUGGGUGGAUUCCACAAGCAAAGGUGCUAGCCCAUAAGGCAGUGGGUGGAUUCGUGUCGCAUUGUGGUUGGAACUCGAUAUUGGAGAGUUUGUGGUAUGGUGUGCCAAUUGCCACGUGGCCAGUUUAUGCGGAGCAACAAAUGAAUGCAUUCGAGAUGGUUAGGGAAUCGGGACUAGCCGUGGAGAUUAGGUUGGAUUAUAGGGUGGGUGGGGAUUUGGUGCAGGCAGAAGAAGUCAAGAAUGGUGUAACUACCUUGAUGAACAAUAGUCAUGAGAUUAGGAGGAAGGUUAAAGAAAUGAGUGAAAAGUGUAGAUUUGCUUUGAUGGAUAAUGGAUCAUCUUAUACUAAUCUUGUAUCUCUCAUUCAAGAGUUAACAAAAUGA